AUGUUUAUUUUCGAACAGAUUUAUAUGAAUAUGCCUGCUAAUUGUAAUUAUGUAAAACAAAUCAGUGGCAAUGUGAUAAACCAUGCAACGAUAGUCUCUCAAAAUUACACAAAUGUGAAUAAUUUUUAUAAUUUGAUCGCACAGGAAGGUGCCGAUCCAUGGGUCUACAAACACUCUAACGGUUACUAUUAUUAUUUGAAAUCGACUGGUUCAAAUCUACUACUAUCAAAAUCUCGAACAUUAACUGGAAUUGAUGUCGGUAAAAAUAAAACGGUAUGGAGUUCAAGAGAUACAGGUCCAUCAUGUCGUGAUAUUUGGGCUCCGGAACUUCAUUUUCUAAGACAAAAAUGGUACAUCUAUUACGCUGGGACAACAUGUGAUAGCGACAAUGUGAAUCAUCGAAUGUUUGUACUGGAAAACAAAAAUUUCGAUCCGUUUAUCGGGGAAUUUGACGAAAAAGGACAAAUAACAGAUUCCACCCAAAAGUGGGCUAUUGACGGGACUGUGUUAGAGCAUCCGCUGAGUGAUGAGUUAUAUUUCAUUUGGUCUGGUUGGGAAGGAGAUAUAGAUGUGAGACAAUUGUUAUAUAUUGCGCAUAUGAGCAAUCCUUGGACAAUCGAUAGUGAAAGAGUAGAAAUAGCGAUACCAACGUAUUCGUGGGAAACAAAUCAUCGUCCAAAUGUAAAUGAGGGUGCACAAAUAUUAAUUCAUAAUUCAACAAUAAAUCUUAUCUACUCAGCCUCUGGCAGUUGGACGAAUGAUUAUUCGUUAGGUUUAAUUACACUUGAUGUGAAUAAUGAUCCAAUGAUGCCUUCAUCUUGGAUAAAACGUUCAUUUCCUCUACUUCAGAGUGCAAAUGGUUUGUAUGGACCUGGUCAUGCAAGUUUUACAAAAUCACCGGAUGACAAAGAAAAUUGGAUUGUCUUCCAUAAUGCGCGAUAUAAUGGUUCGGGUUGGGUAAGACAAGUCCGUACUCAAAUAUUUUCAUGGAAUUUAGAUAAUACACCAAAUUUUUGUUCACUAAACGAUCCUAAUAUUCCGAUACAAUUACCUUCAGGUGAACCCAUUCGACAACGAUAUGAAGCUGAAUAUGCCGAAUUUGAUAGUGGACCAUCUGUUCGGUAUGAUCUAGCUGCAUCGAACCAUUUAAAAGUCGAAGGGUUGAAUAAAACCAAUAGUUUAAUUGAAUUUUUUAUCUAUCUUAAUAUGGAAGGAUGGUAUGUAGUUAAUGUAAGAGCAAGGACGUCAAAUGAUGAAAAUUCAAAAACAUCGUCAAGUCUUUAUUUACGAGUAAAUGGUAAAGAGUCAGGUGAAUUGACUGUCCUCUAUUCGGAUAAUUGGAGUAUAGUAACAACAAAACUCUUUUUACAUGAUGGAAUUAAUGCUCUAGCUUUUACAAAAGGAUUAAAUUAUGUUGAAUUAGAUUUUAUAGAUAUUUUUGCCAAUUAA